UACGAAAUAAUAAAUUUACAAUUUAUUACCGUUACGAGUUAUAAAUCGAUAUAUCUUAUUGUAAUCAAAAAGAUUCAUUCAAUAGAGACAUGAAAGUUAACUGAUUUAAAUAUAGAAUAGCUUACAUCACUAUUCAUCAUUUAUUGUGGCUAAGUUAAAUUCAAAUAAAUUUUCAUUAAUUCUACCAUUUCACGUGUGUUAUAUGUAAAACAUAAUAAUCAUUAUAAUUUUUAGUAACAAGCAGUCGUAAAGAUAUCUUAGAACUUCCAGGCUGGAAAUGGAAAAACAAAUUUUCAUUUCAUAGAAUUUUCGAUCAACUUAUAAAUCAAAAAAUUUUCAGUGCCGGAAAGAAACGACUUUGCAUUUUAUAAUAAUUUAUAAUUGAAAGAUGCAAAGCUUAUAAAUAGCGAAAUUCUAUAUGUAUCAACAACAAGAUAAUAAUAAAUAAUAAGACGAAAUUGAUUUGAUAAAUUUAGUAAUGCUCUAUUUAUGUUCCAAAGAUAAACAAUGGACAAGCGUAAAGCUUAGGAUAGUCUGAAUUCUCCCUCCAAUCAUCCUUUGUGUAAAAUCAAUAUUUCUAGCAAAAGGGUGAGAGGAAUGGAUGGAACCGUGUAUAUCCACGAAUUGGAGAAGGGAUGUUAAUCGGGCUACGCUAUACGCAACGCCUGUUGCUGCAGCCACAUUUCAAAGUUCGCUGUUGGGAUAAGUUAUUCAUUUGAAUUUUAAAAAAAUUGUGUAUUUAUGUAUUAAAAAAAAGUUAGUGAUGUGCUGUGAAUAUCAAUCCAAAGAUUAUGGAUAAGCUGACUAACUGGACCCGUGGUAUAAAUGUAUCAUUAUCAACACCAAUACCUGGGCAAAAUUGUCUCUCAAACUUGUCAACAUCUUCAAUUUUAGACAAAUUACUAAUCAUUACUCCGUCAUUGGUAUCAAUAAAUCAAGAGCUAAAAUGGAUUUUUCUUUUACAUACAUAUGGUUUCGCCUGUCUCUUCUUUAUACUUUCAUUUUACACAUUUUUAUCUAUUCUACACUUAAGAUCACUCAUAUCAAGCCGGCCUUUUAUGUCUACAAUUAAUAUGUUUUUAUGUAUACUUGGAGCAUCAAGAGCAGCAUGCCUCUUCAUAGAUCCGUACAAUCUUAAAGAUGUUAUGCCCAAAAUUAUUGGAUCCAUAAUGUGGGAUAUUGGAUUUCCUUGUGUAACAUCUGCCUUUAGUCUUAUUCAACUGGCUUUUUUGCAAUUAACUCAGCUCAAAUUUGGACCAGAAAAAAUUCAAAAAGAAUCUUGUCUUAGCUUAAUCAUAACAGGACACUUUUUUUUUGUAAUUGCUAGUGAUAUUGCUCUUAUCUCCCACAACUGUUAUAUGGUAAAAUAUGUGGUCCAAACAGUGUUCCUUAUCUGGAGUAUCUUACUAUACUUAACAUUCCUGCAUGCAGGAUAUAAGAUAAUUCAUUUACUGCAAACUGUGCCAAGUAGCAUGUUAAUGAGAGAUAGUUCUAACACACAUCAGAAAGGUAUUAUGCAACUGGCAAUGUUAGCUCCUUACAAUAACUUAGCAUCAUCUGUUGCUGCUGCCUUAGUACCUACUUUGCUCAAUCCCAAAAUAAAGGAUGCAGAAAUAACAGAACCUGCAACUUUUACAAACGAUCCUGAGAAAAACCCUAAAGAUCGACUUAUGAAAAUAGCCGAAAAGGAGGAACAAGAGAAAAAAGAAUGUGACAAAUCUUCCUGUAAGAGUAUGUCGUCUCAAGAGGAGAAAACAGUUCCCAUGUCAACGGUACCGGAAGUAUAUGUCAGACCUCCAACGCCUACGCCAUCGACAACUAAUUUACCUAUAAUAACAGUAUCCAGUCCAAGCCGUAGAAGUUCCGUAGCUAGUAGACGAAGCAGCGACGCGUCUAAAUCUUCUCGUAGAAAUUCAGAAUGCAGUGUUAGAUUCAUAAACGAGGAGGACGGUUUCACAUCGGAAUGUCGACGUAAUUCUGACUUUAGUCCGAAACAUUCGCCCGAGAUUGAUAGGAGACGCUCUCCGGACAGAAUCUCUCGAAGAUAUUCCGAGAACGUAACACCUUUGGGAAGCGUCCGAGACUUAAGACGAUGCUCUGACUUUUCUCACGAGAAGAAUCGAAGCUCUCAGUUUGCCGCUAAAUUGAAAAGGAAUAGCGAUUUUGGAAAUAGAACACCAAGGCGAAUGUUACCCCCAACUGAUCAUCAUAAAUUGCCAAAAGUCGUGGAUCUAAGCCCAACAGGCUCGAGACGCAAUUCAGAUAUUAGCGGUUUUAGUUCUCGAACAGAACUACGCAGAAAUUCCGAUAUCUCCUUCCGGCGUAAUUCGGAACUCGCACAAGUCAAGCCGUUGGAUCUAAAUCGCCGAAGUAGCGAGAUUAGUAUUAGAACCCUGAGCAGAAGUCCAACUCACGGUCGUAACAUAGUUCCUGAAAAAAUAGAGAUACAAGAAAAAUCUGAAUCUGACUCGGAUCAGCCCGACUGUAGCGAGAAAGCAGCUCUAAUGACAGAAAAGAGCAAAGAUAAAGAUGACGAUGGAAAAGUGCGAAAGAAGAAUUUAUCUUGGAAAAACGAGAAAGAAGACGUCGAGGAUAUCACUGUCGAGACUACAUUGCUUCCCGAAAAUACCAAGAUUGAUGGAAAAAUUGGGAAUAAUGAUUUUACGCUUAAUUCAAUAUUACAUCAUAUUGCAUACGUCAAUAGAACUAAAUCCGACACGCCUUUACAUAUGUUAGAAGCAAAUACAGCGGCAGUUAGAAGAUCGCAAAUUCGAAAAGUAUUAAAUGUAACAUAUGCAACCGCAAUUUUAGGAAUCAUUUUAUGCAUUACAGAUGUAGCACGUAUUUUCGGACCGUACGGACUUUUAGCUGAAACUGGGAAAUAUGGUGCCCUAUCUAUCACACAAUACCCUAAACCAUGGCCUUGGUUUAUCUAUCAAACUUUGUGCAGAGGUUUAGAAUUGAUCAUGGGUUGGGCAAUGGCGAGUAUUACCAAGCAACCAUCAGUAAGCCCACGACAUCAAUAUUUAAGCAGUUACCCUAAUUAUAAUAUACAUGUGAAAAGAGGUAAUAACCCUUAUAUAUGAAGCAAUAUGACCCUUAUAUACAAAGUUAAAAAUCAAUGAAUUGAAAUAUCAAACUGAAUAUUUUUAAAA